ACUUAAUAAUAGCUAAAAAAUAAUCGACAAUUUCAUUGUUUGUACUCUUGGUUAAAAGGCUACUAAUACUACAUUGCAUUAUGGGAUGAACCGAUUUUGAUGAUCAUAUAAAGAUGGGUGAAAAGGAUCAGGAUAUAAAGAGCCCAAUGAAAAGAGUGGGAUCUACAAGAAAGAUCGUUAUGUUCAGUAGUAUUCGUCAGCAACUUAAUGAACAACUACGUUGUCUUGAUACCAGAGUGGAGUCACAAAUUGGAUUAAUUCAAGAAAUACAAGAUUUCUUUCGCCGUCGUGGGGAAUUAGAGUUAGACUACAGUAAAAGCUUAGAGAAGUUUGCACGUGGAUUGCUCUUAAAACACAAGGAACAGAAACAAAAAAGAGAUCACUGGCCAAUAUUUUCGACGUUUGCGUGUUGGCAACAUUUAGUUAAGGAAACUCAGUCUUUAUCAAAAGAUCACGCAAUAUUGGCCGACCUAUAUUCCAUAAGUAUUGUUGCAAGUUUACAGACCACUAUUGAAGAUGUUCAGAGGAUAUAUAAGAAGGUUAAAUUAAUAGGAUAUGAAAUUCACGAAGAUAUUCAACAUUUACUUCAAGAACUUCAUACGACAAUGAAAACUUAUCAAAGAUACGAGAGUGAAUGUAAAUCAGCUAAGCUAAAGUUGGUUACUGCAGAAUCCCAGAGAAAAAAAUUAGAGCAGACAAUUGCAAAAGAAAAACUGGACCGGAAUAAGAAAUAUAAACUUACCGAAAAAGAAAUAGUCAAGAGGGAUACAAAAUAUAAAGAUGCAAGACUGAAAGCGCUAAAAGCUAAAACUGAAUACCAGUUAUGUUUGGAAGCUUCAAAUACUACCAUACAUAAAUAUUUUGUGGAAGAUUUGUGUGAUCUAAUAGAUUGUAUGGAUCUUGGAUUUGGAUCAAUGAUUUCCAAAGCGAUAUUAAUGCAUGUUUCGGCAGACCAGGGUCGAUCAAGGGCAAUUCUUCAACAAGCAGAUAAUCUCUCACAUUUAAUACACUCGAUCGAUUGUCGAGCUGAUAAGCAAAAAUUUUUAGAACACCAUCAUGCAGCAUUUAUAAUACCUAAACGUUUAGAGUUGCAAUACCAACAAGAUCAGACUGAAAUAAUUGAAGUGGAUAUAAAAAAAGAAUUACAUUUAGAUAUGGAACAAAGAUUAGAAACUUUAGGUCAACGGUUGCGAGAUCUUCGUAUAGAAUGCGACGAAGUUUGGAAGUCACUCGAGACUGCUGAAACGAAACUCUUGGAACAUUAUAAUAACAAGGACAAUGACACCAGCGAUAUUUUCACUGAAGGUAAACUCUAUAUACAUAAGACACCCAACAGCAAUAUUACGCCUAAGUUAAAAGCUGAAAAGCAGGACAUCGAAGAUUAUUACAUAAUGAAAAUUCGAGAAUAUAUAAACGGAACUUCACGCAUAGCACGUUUAAGCGCAAAGGCUGAAUUUAUACGAAAUGUUUUAGUUAAGAACAAUUCAUGUUGUUUACCUUCUCAAACGAAAGUCAUAACAUCAACCCGGAAGCGAAUUGGACGUGUUAAUAUUACUGGCCAACCAAAAUUAUUUGGCGGUUCCUUAGAAGAAUAUUUAGAAUUUACCAACGAGGAAGUACCACUCGUUAUGCGUAGCUGCAUACGUGUCAUUAAUUUAUAUGGAUUACAUCAUCAAGGAAUAUUUAGAGUUUCCGGUUCCCAAGUGGAAAUUUCAAAUUUUCGAGAAGCAUUUGAAAGGGGCGAAGAUCCGCUUGCAGAUACAAAUGACGCGUCGGAUAUUAAUUCCGUUGCUGGGCUUUUAAAGCUGUACUUGCGAGAAUUGAGGGAGCCAUUGUUUCCUAUAGUAUAUUUCGAACAUUUUGUGUCUAUUGCAGAAAUACGUUCAAAAGAGGAUAUCAUAACAGCAAUAAGAAAUUUUUUAAGCAAUCUUUCUCCAACGGUUUUAAUAGUUAUUCGUUAUUUAUUCGCUUUUCUAAAUCAUCUAUCGGAAUAUGCGGAUGAAAACAUGAUGGAUGCAUUUAAUUUAGCUAUUUGCUUCGGUCCGACCCUCAUGCCUGCGCCGGAAGAUAAAGAUCAAGUUCAAUACCAAAAUCAGAUAAACGAGCUUAUUAAAUGUAUGAUAUUAUACCACGAUGAUAUUUUUCCGCCUGAUUUAGUAGGCUUGGAAUACGAAAAAUAUAUAUCUCACGAACCUUUCAUGGAUAUUUUUGUUGGUGAAUCCCCUGUUGAUAAUGUGACCGAAGAUCCGGACUCAGAAAUUUGCCCCUCCGAAGAUGAAUCAGAAACUCUGGAAGCCACAGUUCAGUUCGAUUUUAAAGCACGAUCGAAUCGCGAAUUAUCAAUUCGAAAAGGAGAUAUUGUAAUCUUACGAAAACAGGUAUCUAAUGAUUGGUGGCACGGAGCACUAAAUGGAACAGAUGGACUAAUACCAGAUAAAUAUAUAUCGCUUAGAAUCAA